GCAAAACGGCGCCCGUUGCAUGCCGGAGUCGCUCGGCGCGCCGGGGCUGCGCAAGAGGACAACAGUGGCCAGGACCGGCGCGAUCUCGAGGAGGCGGCGGACCAGAGAAUGCGGGCCGAGUUCGUGGAAGAGGACCUGCUCCUGGCGCGGCAGCAGCUGCAAUUUGCUCUGGCGCAGCAAGAGACGGCCCAGGCGCAGGUCAAGACGGCCCAGGCGCGGGCGGAGGAAUCGGGCGAUGCGAAAAAGGUGCAGGCGGCGGAGAGGAAGGUGGAGAGGGCGAAGAAGGAGGUCCAGGAGGCGAAGAAGGAGGUGGAGAAGGCGGAAAGGAAGGUGGAGAGGGCGAAGAAGGAGGUCCAGGAGGCGAAGAAGGAGGUCCAGGAGGCGAAGAAGGAGGAUUCUCUCGGGCCACAGGUGACACGCUGGCACCUUUGGCGUGGCGCAGGACGCUUUAAUCAGCAGUUACGCUGGCGUUGCUCAUUGCAGUGGCCGAGCUCGGCCUGGGUCUUGGGAACGUUGAGGGGUUUGAAUUUCCCCGACCGCCCGGCGUGCUUUUAG